UUGGAACUGGCAGACUCUGAAUAUGGAAUCGGCACCAUGGGCGAUUUCCUCACUCCCAUCUCCACUACCACGGUAAAACGACCUAAGGAGCCCGAAUCUUGGAAUAGCCGGUCGCCUCACAGCUGUAGUACAGCCAUCGAAGUUCCAACUUUAGAGUCACCAGAAGAAGCUUAUAAACUUCUGAAGGAUCAACCAAGCCUAGACGCUGUGGGCCAAAUCCUUAGAUACUUUGCGGUUGAAUCAUCUAAAAGAGCUGGAUUUAGUUUAAUCACCCCUGGUCCUCUUCAAGCACAGAUUGUCGACACCUUGGUCACGACUACCAUUCCAGACUAUUGGCGUAUUUUCAAGGACAACAACAGGAAUUUGAAGCAGCUAGUCAAGUGCUUGCAGAAUCCUAGCGGUCUUGGUGCAAUCUUAAAUCGAUUUCGCCAUUUGAUUGAUGAUUGUCGGAAGAGGAAACCCGUUGAUCAGACGCGAGAUGCGUCUGUACACAUAGAAGAUUUACUUGAUGCUCUUGGAGAGAUUUUAAACGGAGACCGAACCUCGAGUCAGAUAUGGGAUGACAUCCAAGCCCAUGCACAAAAUCCAAUCCAGAAGAGGUUGAUGUGGAGGGAGUAUGUUGCACAGACUACUUCAGGAAGACUGCUGUCAACUGCAGCACAAGCAGAAGAUAUUUUGAAAGAGAGGGGAAUAUCACGAAAAGAAUCGUGGCUAGCAAACGGUAAAGAGUAUGCCUCAUGGCUGGGUCGUACCAUGGUUACUCUUAUGAGAGACAACAUUGCUCUUGAUGAAUCAGUGUCUGCAGUUGUGGACAUUUGUGGAAAAGCUCUGACAUUGGGGUACACUGAUCGUGUUAUUGCCUCCAUAGUGCUAUCCAUGGUGAACUCGGAGUCAAGCAUGAUAUUGAAAGAAUUCUUGCCAAAGAUGAGAGCUCACGAGCAACGCCAGUACCUCAACUCCGCGAUUUCCUUCCUAGCCAAACAUUACUUGGCAUCUAUCAUCGAUAGUCGAGAAGAUAGUCCCCUGAAACCUUCACCAGCCAUCUCUGCUGCGGCUGCCAUUGUACACGAGCUCAUCAAGGGCAACGAGGCCCUGGAAGACCACACCGUUUUACUGCUCACCAGCUCUGCACUACCUGUUCUAGAUGAUUCCCUUGCCGCCCGUAGAAGCGUGAUUGCCGCAUUAGCCCAGAAUGAAGAAAAACUUCAAAAUGCUUUGGAGAAGAGUCUCAAACUAUUUGGAGAUACUUUCUAUAUUAAGCAUACUCCCGUAUUGCAGCAGGAAGCCCUUGCUCAAACCCUUGCUAUCUCGUGCGGCUAUGUCCAACGAUCUGUACCAAUGUUUCUAACAAUGACGGCAAAAUCAAGUUACCACGUAGCAGGAAUGUCAAACCGGAUCGGAGCAUCUUCGCCCCGAGCUCGCUAUUUAGGAAUGGCAGUUGGUACCGCUAUCUCCCGAAUCGUUGACAAGCCGGAGUUGCAACUCAAGUUUGAUUUAGAAGGCAACGAGGCUGUUGAAGCUAAAUGGUACCAGCGGCUCACUCAAGUCGAUGACCGCAUUGGCUCGAUCAAAGAUCUCAAAGCUCGAGAAUUGAUGUCAGCACCUAGAGAAAAGAGCCCUGACCAGAGGAAAUAUCUUUCGAGUACCGAAGGCACCGUCAAAGCAUCUGAUAAGCCCACCAUCACAGAGAUUAAUGGUCCACGUAUAGUUGAAAUCCUCUCCGACCCAGAAGACGAAGACGACGAUCUCAUACCCUAUGCGAAGCCUGAUUCAGAUCCUGAAGAUGACGGAGACGACCCAGAAAUGCUGGACCGGAAAAAACUCACGGCUCCGGCCUACAUUCGCGAUCUAAUGGCUGGUCUUCGUGAUCAAGAGAACUACGACCGCCAUCAGCUUGCGCUUUCCACAGCAGCGUCCCUAAUCCGGCGCAAAACGAACUUCGGCAGUGAGGUCACCGACCACGUUGAAGAACUUGCCUCUGUUAUGACUGGAUUGAACGAUACCUUUGAUUUUCCUGAAUUUAACGAAGAGCGCCAACGGGCUCUUAUCGCCAUUCUCCUCGCCAAACCAGGGCCCAUGGCACAAUGGUUCGCUCGUUCUUUCUUCUCCGGUGACUACUCUCUCUCUCAACGCAUCGCCAUACUCACAACCCUCGGUCUGAGUGCCCGCGAACUAGCUGGUCGCAAAGACUCUUCCACUGAAGACCUUGUCCCCGCAACUCCAUCCUUCCCCAGCAAAACACUCCCGCCACACCUCCACAAUAUAUACGCCCUCGAUUCAGACCCUGUAGCCCAAAUUACAGAAGGGCUCGCAAAGCAGAUCCUAUCUCCAAUAGCCGCUAGCGCCGCAGACCAUCUCACCGGCCCCAACAUCCUCAAGGUUCGAACCUUCUCUUCACGCAUGGAAGUGGAGAAGCGGCGGAAGAAACCGAUACCCAAUGCACUGGCGCAAAUUGUGGCCGAUAAUUUCUUUUUCCCGCUUACAGGGCGUUGGUGGAUGAACACGCAUUCCUCACAAGCUCAUAGAAGUGAUCUCUACACGUCUCCUCACCUACUCCCUCCGUAUCUGCAUACCCUGGCGAUUCUAAUGAAUACGGCUGGUCCAAAUACGCUUGCGCUUCCGCAGAUGACGCGCGAGUUUUGGGAGUUGCUGCUUUCUGUAAGAGGAUUUGCUUUGGGGGAUAAGACUGUGUUGGGGGCCCUGCUGUUUGCGUUCUUGAUGCUGCUAGAGACAAAUGAGAAUAAAGAGAGAUUAGCAACAGAGCAGGCAAAGGAAUUGGUGGAGACGCAGGAGUGGGUGAGGCAAGUAUUCGAAGGACUGGGAGCGGGGAGUGAGGAGGAUGAGAAAGUGAGAGUGUUGGCAGCCGGGGUGGUGAUCAGGUGCCAAGAGGUGGUGGAUAAGUAUCAGAGGAGAAUGGUUGGGAGUAUGAUGAACUAUUAAGUCAUUUUUGUAGUGGCC